UAUCGCUCAAGAUGACUCACUAUUAUUCAGUUUCUAUAUAUCGAAGAAUAUUAUCUUGGAGUGAUUAAAUAAUGCUCAUGUGUUUCUUCAAGUUGCCAGCCAAAAGCAAUGACGUUGUUGACGUGGUGGUCAGAGAUGGGAACGAAUUCGGGGUGAAUAUGAACUACAAUCAGAAAGUGGAGAAGAUUAGAGAGAAGAAGCCGUCGGUCAUGAAGUGCGAUGCGGGCCAACUGAUGCUUUACAUUGCGAACAAGGAAUUGGCUCACAUCGGAUAAAGUCUGGUUACCGUCGCGAAACCCGGACGUGAAGCUCGUAAAGCAAAAAAAAAUCCCGUUAGAAUCAGUACGAUUAUGUAUGAGACCAGAG